AUGCGAGCUGCCGUGCUCUCUCAGUUCGGCGGGCCUCAAGUCCUACAGGUGUUGGACAAUGUCGGUGUCCCUCAAUGUCGUCCACACGAAGUGUUAGUAAGGGUAGCGGCCGCGGCAGUAAAUCCAUUGGAUUGCCGAUUGAGGGCGGGUUACGGCGGCGAACUUUACCGGCCACAAUUUCCGCUGGUGCUCGGGCGAGAUCUGAGUGGCGAAGUGGUUGCUAUGGGUUCCUCAGCUCAAAACUUUGUCAUCGGCACUCAAGUGUUCGGUUCGAUUCCUCCUGCGAGUUCUCAAGGAACUCACGCAGAAUACGUGGCUGUACCAGAGGCUCACCUUGCAGAGAAACCUUCAAAUCUAUCGCAUGAAGAAGCAUCAGCGAUAUCCUUUGGAGCCCUCGCUGCCUGGCGUGCCUUAUUCUUGACAGGAAGACUCGCUAAAGGUGAUCGUGUCCUUGUCGUUGGAUCAUCAAGCUCAGUUGGGAGGGCUGCAGCUCAGCUUGCAGUGGCGAAAGGUUGCGAGGUGGUUCUGACACGUUAUCCUUGCAAGUGCUUUGCCGUAACGAAAGGAAAAAUGGCGAGGUGCGUAGUAUGCGGCGAACAUGAUUCAAAAUGUAACGAUAAUGAAGAAUUCGGUUCAUUCGACGUUGCAUUGGACACAGUCGGAUCUAAACAUAGUCUGCGGCACGCCAUUACAUUGCUUCGGAGGGGUUCUGGGAGGUAUAUCACUCUACAUGGAAGGCUUCCGAUACACGUGGGGAAGAACGGACUCUUGUGGGGAGGGUUGGGGGCAGCCUUCGACAGCACGCGAAUGAAAGCCUUGCACUGCGCUUGUGACGAAAUAGGAUAUCGUUGGGCGAUGAUGCGCCACGAUGCACAUGCAUUUGCAGAGAUCGUAAAGCUCGUGCAAGAUGGUUUACUUGAUGCUAAAACUGGUUGGACUCUGCCUCUCGAAGAUGUGUCAAGGGCUCAUGUUUUGGUGGAGGGGGAAAAAACGGGAACCGGCAAAGUAGUACUCAAGCUGAAAGCUUGA